AUGGAGGGAAUCCGUGUGUUUAUUCCGGACGAAGAAUUAGUUUGGGUGCCAGCCACAGUCCUAUCAGUGGAUGCAAGCGGCAAAGUCUUCCGCGUGCGUGUAGAUCCGCUUCCUGGCACCGCCGAUUUUAGCGACGACGUCAAUGUGCCCGCAAAAGAGCGUACAAUUGAUCUAAAAGAAGACGGUAUGCCCGAUUCACUUCCUUUGCAGAAUGGUGAAAUUGAGGAUGAUGAGCAUGACAGCAAUGUAGUUAAGACGCAGCAUUGUGUUGGGGCCGAAGACAUGUGCAAGCUAGGGCACCUUCACGAACCCGCAAUUGUAUACAACGUGCGCAAGCGCUUCUUCGCCAAGGAGCCGUAUACGUAUACGGGUAAGAUUGUUGUUGCCGUGAACCCUUACAACUGGAUUAAAGAGCACUACUCGGAGGAGCUACGCGAGCUGUACACACAGCGGCCAUGGGAUGAAAUGCCACCUCACGUGUACGCUACGAGUGCCGAGGCUUUCCUUCACAUGAAGAAUCACCGUAUUCCGCAGAGUAUUCUCGUAAGUGGAGAGUCUGGCGCUGGUAAGACGGAGACAGUGAAGAUUAUGAUGGAGCAUCUUGCGAGUAUUUCCAUGGGUAUCGCCAAGAGAUUGCAUCCUGCUAAAAAUGGAGAGACCAUUGUAGUGGAAAAGGUGUUGAAGAGUAAUCCUUUACUAGAGGCUUUUGGGAAUGCUAAAACAAUCCGCAAUGACAACUCCAGUCGGUUCGGAAAAUUCACGCAGCUACAGUUUAACAGCGACUAUUGUCUCGUUGGCGCAGAGUGUCGUCAUUAUUUGCUGGAAAAGUCACGUGUUGUGGCUCAGGCUGUGGGUGAACGCAAUUACCAUAUCUUCUACCAGUUGGUUUACGCCAAGGAGAAGAUGUUUGGCUUUAGCGAUGAGACGUCGGCUAUGGAGUUCCGGUUCUUGCAGGAUGAGAAGCUCACGCUGGACGGAAAGACCGAUCUUGAGCGGUAUCAGGUAACUCGUGACGCGCUGACGACCAUUGGACUCAGUGAUAAGGAACAGAAUGAGCUUUUUAGUGCCCUCUGCGGCAUCUUGCGUCUCGGCCAGCUUGACUUUGUGCCGCUGGAAUCCAAUAAGGACGACGCAAGCCAGGCCGUGGCUUCCUUAAACACAUAUUCUUCUUCUAAGACCGUUGUAGAGCAGAUUAAACAGCAGAAGAAAGAGAUUGAGCUGUGCGCAAAGCUCCUUGGUGUGGAGGUAGCAGCGCUCAGCAAGCAGCUUUGCAGUCGCACUGUUAAGGCAAGACAGGAAGUGUAUUGUGUGCCGUUGUCAGCUCAUCAGGCCGGCAACAAUCGCGAUGCCCUGGCAAAAGAAAUUUACGCGCGAGUGUUCGGCUAUUUGGUGCGUAGAGUAAAUUACAGUAUUUCAAACUCAGCGGACAGAGGCACUUCGACGCCAUCGUACCUACACAUUGAUUUGCUGGAUAUCUUCGGUUUUGAGUCAUUCGAGCACAACAGUUUUGAGCAAUUUUGCAUCAAUUUUGCGAACGAAAAGCUGCAGCAGAAGUUUACGAUGGAUGUCUUCAAAACAGUGCAAGAGGAGUAUCAGCAAGAGGGCGUGGCUUGGGAGUUUGUCAAAUAUCGUGACAAUCAAGACAUGCUGGAUCUUUUGGAGAACUCAAUGGGCGUAAUGGCGCUGCUUAACGAGGAAUGUGUACGUCCAAUGGGCAGCGAUCUGUCAUUUGUUUCCAAGCUGGUGUCACUGCGUGAGUCGCACCCCCGCCUUGAGAGAGCUCGUCUGAGUCAAAUGCACUUUCGGCUUUACCAUUAUGCAGGCCCUGUGACAUACGACGCGGAAGGUUUCGUCGAGAAGAACAAGGAUUCACUUCAAACCGAUUUGCUGGAGCUGCUGGGCACGAGUUCAAAUGGUUUGAUGUCAAUGGUAUUUGGUGACAAUGACAACACUGCGUUCAUGACGGACACGGAUUUGGCCGUUCAUGCCGCAGUCAUCAUGGAUACAGGGCGCCGUGGUACGGUUAGUCGAAAAACAUCUACGUUCAUGCAAGAAACUGUAAGCUACAAGUUCAAGGCGCAGUUAUCACUAUUGAUGAGUGACAUCUCCAGCACCGAGGUACACUACGUGCGUUGCAUUAAGCCAAACUCGCAAAAGAGUCCCAAUAUCUAUGACAUUGAUGCAGUUGUGAAUCAGCUUCGUUGCGCCGGAGUCGUUGAAGCUAUUCGCAUUACACGUGCUGCCUUCCCGAACAAGAUAGCACACGAAAAGUUUCUGCGUCGAUUUGUGAUGAUGAGAAGUCCUAAAAAUCUCACAUCUGCGUCUACGACUGUUAUGGAAGCUUGUGAGCAACUUGCCAAGGAAUUAAUGAGUGGCGAAGACUUUGCUCGAAUGCAAGAAGGCAUUGAUCAUUCAAGAGGACCAAACUUUAUAGUCGGAAGAAGUUUGGUCUACUUUGGUAAGGACGUGCUUGAGUUUCUAGAGCACAAACGCUCGACAUUUGUGUACGACCGAGCGGUCGUGAUUCAGCAAAUUGUGCGCCGGUGGAUGGCACGGCAAAGAAUCAAGAAGGUCUGUACUAUGAUUUCUAAAGUCCAGGCUCUUUAUCGCUGUCGUAUGCAGCGAUUUUCGUUUUUAGAGAAGCGGAGGAAGAUUAUUGUUGUGCAAAGCGUGUGGCGUGGAGUGCGCUCCCGCCAGUGUUUGUAUCGGAUGAUGAAGGAUAAGAGCGCGCUAAAAGUUCAAGCAGCGUACCGCAAACAUAUUUCGGAGAAAAAGUAUGCCGAGCUUCGUUGUGCUGUCAUCAAGAUCCAGUGCACCUUCAAGAUGAAGAACCAAGUGAAUAGGUAUCGUAAACUUUUGUCGGAACGAAAGGAACAGGAUGCUAUGGAGACCGAAGUAGAUCUUUUGAAACACCGCCUUGAGGACGAAAAGCGUGCCCGCUUAGAAAUUGAAGCAGAGAACUCAUCGUUGCAGCAGGAGCUGAAUCAGGUCCGAAAUUUUUCUGUAUCUAGCGUUAAUAAUAGCAGCAUGUACGAGAAUGAAGCUCCAGGCAUGUCCCGAAACAGCAUUCGGUCAAGCAGAAUAGAACGAGAGUCGGCGGAAGACGGCAAGUUGCUCGACGACUCUGAGCGCAUGAUUGAUUAUCUGCGAAAAGAGGUCACUAAAGGCCGUGAGCUAUCUCAGGCAUUGUCACAAGAGAAUGAGAACCUGAAGGCCGAAAACAAGAAAAUUAAGGAUGCAUACACAGCUGCUGGUGCAUCGUUUGCUGCGCUGAAUCAGCACAACAAACAACAAUCGAAAGCCAACCUUCGGCUCAUGAGCACCCACGCUGCUCUGAUCAAGUCCCAGGAAGAAAAAAUGAAAAAGUACAAGAAGCAGGUGGCAGAGCUGAAGGAGGAUCUGCGGAUGCAGCGUUCUGUGUACUCUGCAGAGCUCAAGGCCCGUGUGCAGCAGCAGGAUGUGCUGAUCGAGAUUAUUAAUCUAGCGAAAUCCGAUGGUGUGUCAGAGGACCUGUUGGAUCGCAUGCGAGCGAUAGCCGUCGACUCGAGGCCCUCGUUUGACAGCGGAAGGCGAAGCAGCGAGUAUACUGAUCGCCACUCUUCUGAUGCUAUCGCGAUGCAGUACGAAAACCGGUUGGACACGGCGACUUAUUUGGGACCCGUGCCUGUUUCGGUGUCAUUCAGCUCCAACUCGUCCCAUGUUGAGCGCCGCGCCACUCUCGACACGAUUAUGAAUAACUCGGUGCCGCGUGGAGUGUCGCCGCAAGCGGAGGAAAUGAGUCCUUCCGAUCGCGGAAGUUUCAACAACCUUACCGCGGAAAACGGCCACCGAAAGUCUCGAAUUGGAGGCAUGUUUAAGAAAAUGUUCAAGAAGGAUGAAUAG